AUGUCUGAGAUGCCUACGCAGAAUGCCCAGACAACACAAGGGAACCCUGAUGUGACAAGUAAAUAUAAACCUGGGAAAUUGAUCUCUGUUGGAACACAUCAAAUAGAAAUUAUAAAUUAUAUUGCAGAAGGUGGAUUUGCUCAAAUAUACUCUGUUAAGUUUGUUGAAUAUUUAAAUGAAUUUGGAAAUGACAACAACAAUCCAAAUUCGCUGAAACCAGGAGAUGUUGCAUGUUUGAAGAGAGUUAUUGUCCAUGAUGAAAAUGGACUAAACGAAUUAAGAAAUGAAGUAGACGUUAUGAAGAAAUUAAAAGGAUCUCCAAAUAUUAUACAAUAUUAUGACUCAAAUGCCUCCAGGUUGCAUAAUAAUUCAACUGGAUUUGAAAUAUUGCUAUUGAUGGAGUUAUGUCCCAACGGAUCCUUGUUAGACUAUAUGAAUCAGAGAUUAGCAACAAAACUGUCAGAAAAAGAAGUUGUAAAAAUAAUGUACGAUAUAACAUUGGCAUUGAGCAAUAUGCAUUAUUUAACGGAACCCUUGUUGCAUAGGGAUAUUAAAAUUGAAAAUGUUCUAGUUGAUUCUGAUAAUAAUUUCAAAUUAUGCGAUUUCGGUUCAACGUCAAAGACAUUCCAAAUUGUAACAACACAUCAAGAUAUUGCAAUGUUAACACAAAACAUUUAUGUUCAUACGACUCCACAAUAUAGAUCUCCAGAAAUGAUAGAUUUAUACAGAUAUUUGCCGGUAAAUGAGAAAUCUGACAUAUGGGCCCUUGGUGUAUUACUGUAUAAACUUCUAUUUUUCACAACUCCUUUUGAGAUGACAGGUCAAUUCGCAAUAUUACAUUCCAAGUAUGAGAUUCCUCAAAACAAAUUCUGCUCUAAGCUAAAUAAUCUUAUUAUUAUCAUGCUGGCAGAAAACCCAAAUUUAAGGCCAAAUAUUUACCAGGUUUUGUAUCAGGUUUGCUCAAUUAUGGGUGUUACUGUUCCGAUUAAAGAUAAAUAUGAAUCUGGAGCAUAUAAUUUUGAAAAUUAUACUCACUUUCAGAGUAAAAUACAAAAUAUUCAAUUUCAGAUGUUUGAAUUGGAAAAGAAGAAGGCUCAGAAUUCUGGGAAGUUAGGAAGUACUGAAAAUAAUCUUUUAAAUGAAAUGUUUAUUAGUUCCUUUGAUAUUGCGUCCAAGAUACCCUUACCAGGGCAGAGAGUAUCAUCGCCUAUAUCGACACAGGUGAACCAAACCAUUCCGAAAGGAAAUCAAAAUAACUCAUCUGAUAAAUUAACUUCCCCGACACCAGACACCAUUGGCCAAAAAUCUUCUCAUUCUCAAGAUAUGAGUUCUCUUGAUGAUACAAAUACUAAACGUGCUAAUAUGUCAAAUGAAUCCUAUGGAACCAAUGACUUGCAAGGGAAGUUAAAUGAAAUGGAUUUAAAGGACGAUAGCUCUUAUUAUCCAAGUGUCGGUGAAUUGAAUAAGUAUAUCGACAAGGAAAUAAAUCAAGCCAAUAAUGAUAGAUCUGAAGAUAUAACAAAUAUGAGGUUCCCAGAUAUUAAUCAAAAUCAGACAGUUAUUAACCCUGAAAUAUUAGAUGCAAAGACAUCCGCAAGUUCUAACAAAUUAUUUAAACCGAUUCCUCAGGAUUCCUUAGUGAAGGAAACUAUGAUUCAGUCUGAGAAUACUACUAAUACAUUUAGUCAACAUAAAUCGACGAAUCCAUUUCCAGCAAUUGGGGAUGGUCUAAAAAGUCAGCAAAUUAACAAUACUCAAUAUCCGAAUAUUUCUAAUGCGAUUCCCAUAAGUACUCAACAACCUCAAAAUUAUUCGCGUAUUCAAACUCCUGUAGAAAAUAAUGCUUAUGCGAAUAGCCCUAAAAAUAUAGAAAGUUAUACAGUGCAAACAGGACAAAUACAACAACAAAAGCCUAGUCAGAAUGUUCCAUUCAGUGUUAAUGAACAAUCUAGGAUGACGCCAUCGUUCCCAUCAUCUGAAUCACCGAACACUGGCAACCUGGAAUAUGUUAGUUCUAAUAAUCAGACAUCAUAUCAAAGGAUCUAUAAUCAAAUAAGUAAUCCAGUAGGCACUACCAUUCCUCAGGUAUCACCACCAGCAAACCUUUCCCAACAAAUGAAGCAAAAACCUACUACAACUCCACAAGCAAAUAAUCCCCAAGGUCAAGUAACACAAACUACAAAUGGUUUGUCUCAGGAUAAUCACCAGAACUAUCAAACUAAGCCCACUAAACCUUUAAGAGAUGAUAUGUAUGACGAAUUAAGACCUCCGAUGAUUCCUCCCCAUCCAAGAAAGAAGAAAGAAGAAAACAAAAUAUCCUCAAACGUAGGAAAUUUUAGAGAUCCAAAAACUGGAAAACUAAAAAUUGAUCAAGCAGAUGUAGAUGUCGGAACAAGGCAUGCACAUCAUCAUUCACAACAUGGACGACCACAUCGAAAUUCUGGACACGAUAGUUCUGGGGUGAGGCGUACUGCCAGUAUGAAUAACAAGCCAAAUGUGUUAUUGGAGAGACCUACAACUGAAAGUAUCGACAUCGACUUGGACAAGAUAAAAAGAAAAUCUCUAGAUUUAAAAAUGCAUAAGAUGGGGUUUGUCUCUGAUUUGAAGGACCAAAGUAUUCAUGAGAACGAGGUUGUUGCGAAUCAUAACAAUGGGAGAUCAGAACUGGAUAGACAAAGACUUAGCAAGCGGAAUGUGAGCAACGGUAGUAUACCAAUGGUGGUAACUAAUACGGAUGAGAUCAAGAAAUCUAUUACAAGGGCCAGGCAAUCAUUAGAUCUUGACAGGGCACGUAGAGAAGUAAUGAUGAACAAUGACAACAAUAAGAGACGAUCGUUAUUCUCGAUGUUCCGCCAAGAUAAGAAAUUAUAG